AUGUUCUACGGCUCGUCCUCCGGGGCCAGCAUGUCCCUGCCCUCCAAGAGCCGCCUCAAGAGACAGAGCAGGACCUUCACACAGGUGCUGUACCGUACCCUGAGUUACCGGGACCGUGUGCCCACAGAGGUGGGCACUAACACCAGGGACAGAGACAGACGCUCCACAGAGGAGCCUCCUGAACGACCUCCUGAUGACCCUGCUGAGCUGUCCACCCAGAGCUCCGCCCCUGGGGUCCUCAAGAUCUUUGGAGAUGAGAUCUGUGCGGGGGCCAACUACAAGAGCGUCCUGGCCACGCCCCGCUCCAGUGCACAGGAGCUGGUGAAGGAGGCUCUGGAGCGCUACUCCCUCAACAAGGACGCAGCGCACUCCUACGUGCUCUGUGAUGUCAUUGGGCGCCUGGAGGUGGGCGGGGGCGUUGGAGGCGUCAGCUGGAGGACUGAGUGUUUACGGGCCCUAGGGGACAAUGAGAAGCCUCUGUUGCUUCAGGAGCUGUGGAAGCCCCGAGAGGGACAUGCCCGGCGCUUUGAGCUCCGGAGGAGGGCUGAGGUGGAGGAGCUCAAUGCUAAGGACAAGGACACCAUCACUGCAGGCCGAGCCCCUCACUUCUUGGCCGCUCUAAUGGGUCGGUCCGGGCUGGGCAAACUCAGGAGCUCCCCACUGCGCUCCGGCCGAGUGCCACAGUCCGGCUCCAAAGAUAUCAACGCUCAGGCCCGCAAGCUCCAGAGGAACAGAGCCAAAGGGACACUCACCCUGCCCCGCUCCGGCACCUCAUCCCUCUGCCGCAGCCUGAGCGAGACCAGCCUUAACCAGCUGGGAGUGGGUGACGAGCCAAAGCGGUACUACUCCACGCUGCCCGGGCCUCUGCGAUCCCGAGAGCGAGAGGUGUCGAGCGGUCGCAGGAAAGAGGACAGCAGCCACGGAGGAGGAGGAGGAGGAGGGGUGCGCCACUCGCUGUACCAGUCCCCUCACCUGCUGCUGCUACAGGGAUACAACCGCCAGGACUGCCUGGUGUACCUGCUGAACAGAGAGCAGCACACAGUGGGACAGGAGACCCCUUCAGCUCGACCCAACAUCUGCCUUUUCUCCCCGGACAUCAUGCCCCUGCACUGUCGCCUCCGGAAGGUUCCCGCUCCCCGCCGCCAUGGCAACAGUGCAAAGGGGGAGGAGCCUGGAGAGCGCUUCAGCGUCGCCGUGGAGCCCGUGCUGAACGCCACCGUGCUGGUCAACUUUUCCCGCUGCGAGCGCUCCACCACCCUGCGCCACGGGGACCUGCUUUCUUUUGGAGCGCACUAUAUCUUUCUGUACAAGGACCCGACAGGAUCCAAGCCGCUGCCCGCCCAGACCCUUGCCCGCCUGCGCUCCCUGGGACAGCUGUACGAGGCGGGGGCGGAGGAGGGCGAUGGGGGACAGGUGUGUAAGAUGUGUGGCUCUGCGCUGAAGGACAGAGCGGGCCAGGUGUCCAGUGUGCCCGCAGUCAGACGCAGCUUUAAGCCACACCUGGUCAAGCCCCGCAGCAUUGGGACGGCAGUGGGACUGGCUGUGGCUACACCCCUCAGUGUGGGCGGGGCAGGACCGGAGGGGGGCGGGGCCAGAGGGGCGGGGCAGAAGAGACGAUUACAGCUGGAGUUUGAGCAGGCGCACGAAGACCAGCUCUUAAACAGGAUAGUGUCGCUCAUCGAACCUGGAGGAGACGACCACAAGCUGACCACGGCCUACCUGCUGUGUCUGUGCAUACAGCACUCUGCCUCCAGUUUCCCUCCUGGGAGCUUUGGGAAGCUGCUGCUCAAGAUCGUGCGCAGGAUCCAGACCAUUGCUUGGGAGAAGACAAAGGAGCUGGCACAGAAGCAAGCUCAGCACCAGGACCCCGCCUCCCUGUCCCUCCUCAGUAUCUCAGACCUGGUGCCAGACCUACAGACCAUCUUCUUCUGGAUGUCCAACUCCAUUGAGAUCCUCUACUUCAUCCAGCAGCGCACGCCGGCCUACACACACAGCAUCGAGAACAUGCAGGGGUCUAAGGAGUCGCUGCUAUCGGCGACCAUCUCAGCCAAUGAGGAAGCCAUGAGCAUCCUGGAGGAGGUCAUCAUGUACACCUUUCAACAGUGUGUUUACUAUAUCACCAAGGCUCUGUACGUGGUGCUGCCGGGCCUGUUGGACUGUAACCCAUUCCCUGUGGACGGCUCAGAGCCCUGCUGGAAAGGAGGAGUGGGCUUCCCUGAGCCUGUGCGCAGAGUCCUACAGGUCUUUCAGAGCACCCAGGAGCUGCUGCAGGGUUACCAGGUCCACCCGGAGAUCCAGGCUCAGAUGUUCGCUUAUCUGUUCUUCUUCUCCAAUGUGUCCCUGUUUAACCAGCUAAUGGACAAAGGCCCGGCGCGUGGCUGGUUCCAGAGGUCCAAAGUGCUGCAGAUCCAGGCCUGUCUGAGGAUGCUCAUGGAGUGGGCCAGUCGCUCCAAACUGGGACACCUGGCUGACAAGUUCUUCACCAAACUCAACAGUGCUGUGUCCAUAGUAGCCACCGCACCCCAGCAGCUCACACAGAUGAGCUGGCGGGCCCUCUCCAGUGAGCACCCCAGUUUGAAGCCUGUCCAGCUGCACCGCAUCCUGAGCCAGUACCAGCAGACGGCCGAGCUGGGGCCAGUGCCUCUGUGGCAGCCCAGCACUGAGGACGAGGCCUACAUCUACAGGACAGUGGAUCUCCUGGAGAGCUUCGAGAACCAUCCCCCCAUCGUGUUGCCCAGCUCCGGCUUCAGAGUGGACCUGGACAGUGACUGUGUGGAGGACAGCAUCUACAGACAGCUGCUGUACAUAAGACACUACCUGUGGGGCCUGAGAACCAAGACGCACACGCACAACAGCGCUCCCUCUGGACACACGCAGUCCAACGGCACUAACACCAACGACUGGGCCCCCGAUGUACAGAGGGAGUUGGCACCCGCUCACAGCAGCCCUCGCUCCGGAGGUCAGUGCGAUGACGGCAGUGCGGAUCCCUCAGAGGAGCGCAGAGUGUCCCACCACACCCACAGUCUGAGGAGGAACGGGACCCUGCACCAGCCCAAAGCCCCCAACGCAGAGCUGUCCUGCCUCCACCCCCCUCACACCCCCCUGUACCCCGAGGGAGGGGCCCCGGGGCCAAACAAGGGUCACAGCCUGCAGCCCAACGGAUGCCCCCCCAGGAGCGACUGCAAGAAGGCUAACGGGCUCAUCCCCAAUGGGCUGGAAGGUAACGUGUGCUGUGGUGUGUCCUCUGCAGACUUCCCCUUCCCCGUGUCCUCGUGCGGGGCGUCCCCUGUCCCUGAUGACCUGUGUGUGGUGUUUGUAGUGGAGCUGGACAAGGGACCGUACGGGCUCGGCAUGGGACUCAUCGACGGACUGCACACUCCUCUGAAUGCUCCAGGCAUCUACAUCCGCACCCUGAUCCCAGACGGACCCGCAGCCUCUGACGGACGCCUGAGGAUCGGGGACAGGAUCCUGGCUGUGAACGGCACCAGCCUCAUCGGAGCAGACUACCAGAGUGCCGUAGACCUGAUCCGUCUGGGAGGGGGGCGGCUGCGUUUCCUCGUGGCCAAGUCGGACCCCGAGGUGUCGGAGAAGAUCAGCGCGUCCUCCUGCUGACAGCACCCAUGGGACAGCAGCACCCAUGGAACCCCAGCGCCCAUGAUAUACGAGCACCCGUGGGACCCGUGCACCCGUGGGACACCUACACCGAUGGGAGACUAGCGCAGGCUACUGUAGAGAGCUGUCAUCAGUGAGCACAGGGAACACCACAGCGGGGCACAAUCAAACCUCUCACAGUGUCUGGACAGGGUGGGGCUUCUGUGGAGAGUUUGCAUGUUCUCCCUGUGUCUGUGUGACUUUGCUCCAGCUCCCACAUCAACACAACACAUGCACAAUAGAUCCAGUCCUCCAACUAAAGCAGUCCGGAGCUUCACCAGUUCAACACCUGAUGAGUCGGUGGGCGCGGCACCUCGACGGUCCACUGCUCCUCACAGGUUGGGUCAAACCGCAGCAACAAGGACAAGACAGUACACCUGACUUUACACUGCAAGAAAGGAAAAUGAACCAAGUCCGUUAGAUGAAUCUUGACUUAUUCUAGUCUUCAAACAAGUCAAGAAGGUCUAGAUUUAGAUCAGUAUUUGUUUUUCCAAAAAGAGAAAGGGUGAGGAUUGUAUAAAGGAGGCAGCUUAUAAGCGCACUGCAAAGUUCUUUUUGGCUUUGAAGCUUUUAACCGUCCUUAAUUCUACCUACUGUUUAUAGCUCAACCUACUCCGGUGAGUCCUACCAAAUCAGUCAGCUUUUAUUUAUUUAUUUUUACAACUUUUUUUUCUUCUUUUUUUUACAUUUGUGAAAUUUGGUGAUAUUACAAAAAUGUUAAAGCAGACCUAUUAUGCAAAAUUGACUUACUAGAGCUUUUAACUGUGUUAUAGUCCUCACCAUAUUCUCAUCCCAAGUUGUAUUUGGAGUGAUUCGUGCUUGUCUGAGCAAUCUUUAAUCGCUUAUGUUCAAGACGCCAUUUUGCCAGUAGCGUGACGUGCAGCUAUCCAUCGGAGGUGCCGACAUCAGCUCCCAUUGGUCACCUCCGUUUUCUAAGUCGGUGGACUCGUUUGUUUGAUUAAUAUUGCGAUUUAAAAUGUUCAAAUUAUAACAAUGUUCCACUGGUGUCAUAACUGUAUAAUAGACACAAGCACAAUUAUGUCGCUUAUUGAUUCUGCAGAACUCUGUGACAAUUUUCAGUCCCCUGUGAUUUUUUUUCCUUUCUUGUUUUCACGUAAGCAGCCGUAUUUGUCUUGUGUAUCCCUGAUUGGCUUAUCCACCUGUCAAUCAUGCCCACGUGAAAAUCAGGAGAUGCCAAGUGAUCAUAAAUAUAUCUUCGUAAAAUAUUGAAGGAGUGUGUGUUCUGGAUUUCGGGCAAAAUUCUGAUACUAGAAAAUGACAGUCUUUCAGAACAAACCUUAAGUUAAAAAAAAGUUUUAUUUUGCGUAAGUCCAUGGAAACAAUUCUCUUUACAUUUGAGAUUAAAGGAGGACUAGCACUGUUGAGCUCCACUUUUCAACACCUGGAAGUUUUCUCGAACGUUUUGAUCCUGAAAUGGCAUCAGAAGGGGGCGCCGUAACUCUACGACGAAAUUGCUCAGAUGCCCCGGAGACGCCUCUUUCUCCACGCGCUGGAUUUUGACACGAUUCAAUGUACAUUACUAAAGACUGGAUGUAACUUAGUGGAAUGUUUAGACCCAUGUUUUUACUGUUUCAAGAAGCACUACAAGUACGGAGUCACUGGAGGGCCAAAAUUAAGAAUGUAUAAAAGAACAGUCUAACUAUACCAAAAUGCUUGAAGGUUAGAUAUUAUACCAAAUGUACUGCUUUUAAAAAUAGUUUCAACCAUGUAAUCAUAAUAUUUUUAGUUUAAUUUAUUUUCCAUUUUAAUAUUAAAGGUGCAUUAUGGAACUUUUCUGGAGUGGUGUCAGGAACGUUACACAAACUUGCAAAUUAUAGGUGUUUCAUUGCCAAAAUAAAGUACCUUGACUGAAUAACACGCAUUCUUACUUUGAGCAGACUCGCCUCUCCAAAGAUCCGACCCGUAACUCUUGACUCACCACCGGAAACGUUACACAGCGCACCUUUACGAAAACCCAAAGCGGCGGUGUCCCAAAAAAGACCUAACGCGAGACUUUUAAAUUCCACAAAGCGCACUAAAAAUUUCGUAACAAAUUUUCAAACAAAGAACGGAUUGUAGUUUUGUAUCUUGAACUUCAUUGUUUACAU